AAGGAUUAUAUAAGGAAGGUAUAUAAGGUCCUCCAAAGACUAAGGGAUAUAGGCCUCAACUUAGACCUCAAAAAAUAUAUAUUUAUAGUAAAGGAAGUUAAAUACCUAGGGUAUAUUAUAGAGGCAAGGGUCUAUAUCCGCCCUAACCCUAAGAAGAUCAAGGCCAUUUAUAAGUAG